AUGGCAGGAUUCCACGAGUUGAUACCGAAUGUCAUCAAGAGGAGGAUAAAUCAAAAGCGUCCUCUUCUCAAGACUUGUCAUCCGGAUCGUGCUCCUAUUGAAGUGACAUUUGCUAUACUCGACAAUGCCGUCAAUAGGGCUGCCUGGUUCCUAACCGAACACCUUCCUUCGGACGAAUACUUCAUAUGGAUGUCUCAGAGUGACGCUCGGUAUAUGAUAUGGAUUAUAGCCGCCAUGAAGACUGGAAAAGUCGUGGUACUCCCGUCUCUAAGCAAUCGAGUCUCCGCCAAUAUUCGCUUAUUCGAAACAGUCGGAGCCAAGCAUAUGCUAUAUGGACCUGAGUCGUCAGGGGCACUCUCAGAACUCGUUAGUAAGGCCAGUCCAACUGUGACUGCUAGACCAGGCCUAUCUCUCGAGGAAAUGCUAUCCCCAGAACCUGUUCCCGACUACCCUUUCGAUAAGACCUAUGAUGAGAUUAAAACUAAGCGGUUCAUGGGCUUGCACACUUCUGGAACUUCAGGCCAUCCGAAGCCAAUCUGGUGGACUCACUCCCACCUCGAAUGCCUAUUCUCUCCCCUAGAGAAGGGUGUCUUCCCUGAGGGUAUCCACGUAGAGAGACCGACAUGUAGCACGCUUGCUAACCACGAUGUUCUCAUCAUCGGGUCACAAUCUCAUGCCGGCGCCAUGUAUAUCACUAUGGUCUCACUACAUUCCGAAAUGACAGCGAUCCUCAUGCAUCCUGACGUUCCCAUUAGCCCAGCCAGUAUUACAGACGUCAUUAACCAGUCCGGUGCUAAUAGUCUGAUUUGUCCGGCCGUGCCUAUUGAGAAUAUGCUAGACUACCCACCCGGCCUCGAAGCCUUCUCACGCCUUAAACAUAUCGGCUACGUAGGCGGACCUAUCAACCCUGUGCUCGGUGCCAGGGUUGCUGAGGUUACGCCACACCUGUAUAGUCUAAUUGGAAGCACGGAGGGCGCCUUGAUGCAUAUGAAUUAUUCGCCCAAUUCGGAGAACUGGGAUGCAAUACGCUUUGUCGAGGUCGGCCAGCGUAUGGAGGAGGUCCUCCCUGGCUUGUAUGAGCUUGUUUUCCCCCGUACUCCGACCAUUGAUCGCCUCUACGCAUACUUCCGCUCCUACCCAGAUCUCGAGCAUGAAUAUCGUACGAAAGACCUCUUCUCCCCGGUCCCCGGCCAGCCCGGCUGGUGGCGUUUCCGCGGUCGCACUGAUAAUUGGGUCGUCAUGGCCAAUGGGUAUAAGAUGGAUCCGACAGACUUUGAGGCUAUCGUGACCGCACACCCGGAUGUCCGCGGCGUUAUUGUGGGAGGCUCUCACCGCUUUCGGCUAUGCAUGCUCGUCGAAUUGUACGAACACCUCCUUCCGACAACCAACGAUGAGGCUCAAGCCGCGCUUGAGGAACUCUGGCCUACAAUCCAGGGGGCUAACAAGUCCUCUCCAAAAUUCGGACAGAUUCCUCGUGAGCUCGUUUUGUUCGUCCGCCCAGGCAAGCCGUUCUUACGUGCUGGCAAGGGCACUAUUCAGCGGCAGCUCACAUUGCAGGCGUAUGAAGACGAGAUCGAUGCGCUAUACGAGCGCGUUGAGAGCGGCAUCCUGGUCAGCGAUUUAGACCCCAUUACUUCACUCACGCCGGAAGGGCUUAUGCCCGUGCUCACGCAGCUGUUCCAGCAGGCACUUGACUCGCACGAUGUCAAUGUUGAUACCGACGUCUUCGCAUGUGGGCUUGACUCUAAUGGUGUUACUCUUACUGUUUCGCGGCUGAAGGCUGCACUACGUAAUUACGGCGUAUCUGAAGACGUUCUGAAUGGCAUCCACAUCAGUCUUUUAUACAGCUCCACCAACGCGCGAUCCCUCGCUCACACACUGUCCGCUUACCUUGGAGAAGGAAGUGGCAAGAGCAAAGCAGAGAUCCCAGAUGGUGGAGUUGCAGAUAUGCUAGCCAAGUACCUCCCAGCCUCUCGGCACCCACGCGCCCAAGCCAUUAUCUUAACAGGAUCCACGGGAUCUCUUGGGACAUAUCUACUCGCGGCGCUACAAGCACAGCCUGAGUCCCGCGUACGCCGUAUAUUCUGUCUAAACCGGGCCGCAGACGCAGCAUCCAAGCAAGCCGCGGCGCUGAAGUCGCGUGGGCUUCCACCAGCUCAGGAGUCGAGCGGUCGCGUGGUAUUUAUAUCAGGUAAGGACUUGGGGGCGCCGCGCUUGGGCUUAACACCUAAGGACUACGAUUUACUCCUAACUGAAACUACGGCCAUAAUCCACAACGCCUGGCCUGUAAAUUUCCUUCUCCCACUACAGUCCUUCGAACCAUCGAUUGCAGGAUUAGUACACCUACUCGAACUCGCAAAGAAUGGCGCACAGCGGCCGGCAGUGCUUUUUGUGUCGAGUAUUUCGGCGGCAAUGGGUACGGCCCGCGACGUACCGGAGGAAGUUCUAUCCGAGCCAGCGGAACUUGUCCUGCGACAGGGUUACGCGCGUUCGAAGUACGUUGGGGAGCGAUUGCUAGAUGCGUGGGCGCUAGCAGGUGCAGCAAAUAAGAGACGCGCCGCCGUCCUGCGCGUUGGUCAGGUCGCGGGCCCCGUGGCGGCAGGGGGUGCUUGGAACCCCUGGGAGUGGUUCCCGAGUCUAGUGCGCAGUUCCAAGUUCCUGGGCGUACUGCCGCGUAGUCUCGGCACAAGCAGCCGUGUUGAGUGGGUGCCAGUAGACGAGCUCAGUAAGAUUAUUCUAGAGGUCGUUGACGAAGUAACUGGUAUCGACGACGAAGACAACACUUCCUCUGGGAAAGGCGAGCAAAGAGGCGCCAAAGUAUACAACCUCGUCAACCCCCAUGCCGUACCCUUCUCCGACCUCGUCCCCGCGCUGCAGGAAAAGGGCAUCGCGGAUAAAACCAUACCCCUCGAGUCCUGGAUCGAGGCUCUCGAGCGCAGUAGUUACGAGCGGAAGAAGAGUGCGCAGGAUAACCCUGCGGUCAAGUUGUUGGAUUUCUAUAAGUCGAUUGUACCGCACCACGGCGGCGACGGUGUGAAGAGGAAUGUAAAUGGAGAGGUUAAGAACGAAGGCGGGGGUAGUAAGGGAGGAGAAGACGAUUAUACCUGGCGUGUUUACAAUACCCUGCGUGCGAGUCCGACGGCGAGAGCACUCAAGCCGGUGAAUACGGAGUGGGUGAAGCUGUGGGUUGACCGUUGGGGAUUCUGA